AUGAUGGAUCCUGAUCCACUAGAAGAAGGUCCUCAAUCAUCGAGUAGUAUAGUUUUCGAAGCCUCUACACAAACACCAACAAACGAGCUAUGCGACUCGCCUCUAUUUACCCAGAAAGGAUACUGCCUCAAAACUACUGGACAUAGUGUUCAAGCACUAACGAAUAUACAUAGAAUGAGACAACAUGGGCAACUUUGUGAUAUUUCGUUAAAAAUAGGAUUAGAAAAAUAUAGAGCCCAUAAGGUCGUUCUAGCGUCAGUUAGUCCAUAUUUUUUUGCAAUGUUUAAUGGAGAUAUGAAAGAACAUCUGCUAUCAGAAAUAGAGAUCCACGAUCUCGACCCUGCAGCAAUCGAUCUCCUAAUUGAGUAUGCCUAUACAGGCCAAAUAACAGUUACACCAGAUAAUGUUCAAGUGCUAUUACCAGCAAGUAGUCUGUUACAAAUGCAGGAAGUUAGAGAGGCAUGUUGUAGGUUUUUGUUGCGGCAGCUACAUCCAACGAACUGUUUAGGGAUUAGAAGUUUUGCAGAUACACACUCCUGCAAAGAACUUCAUCUUAAGUCACAUGUCUACGCCUUGCAAAAUUUUCAGCAAGUUGUAGGUACUGAGGAGUUUCUUUUGCUACCAUUUGAAGAGGUAAAUGAAUUGAUAUCAAAUAGCCAGUUAAACAUUUCUUCCGAAGAAGAUGUAUUCACCGCCGUUUUGAAUUGGGUGAAGCAUGAUCUAGCAGAAAGAAGUAAAUAUAUAUCAAGACUGAUGCAACACGUUCGACUACCCCUAGUAAACAGAGAAUUUCUAAUGACACGAGUAGACAACGAAAAACUUAUCAGAGAGAACAACGACUGCAGAGAGCUAUUACUAGAAGCCAUGAGGUAUCAUUUAGCUCCCGAACGAAGGUGUGUCUUAUCUAGUUCUAGAACGUUAGAACGAAAACCUAAUGGUGCUCAACCGUAUCUGUUCGCUGUCGGCGGCGGAUCUCUUUUUGCUAUACAUUCCGAAUGCGAAGUGUACAACCCUAAAAAUGACUCCUGGUCUACGAUAGCUCCAAUGCAAUGGCGUAGAUCUAGAUCGGGAGUUACUGGACUGAGGAGAUUGCUGUAUGUUGUCGGAGGUUAUGAUGGAGCAUCGGACCUAGCAACAGCUGAAUGUUAUAAUCCACUGAACAACUCAUGGUCUUCCAUUACACCCAUGGGCACUAAAAGGUCAUGUCUUGGUAUAUGUUCCUUUGAUGGGCUUAUUUAUGUCUGUGGAGGAUAUGAUGGUGCAUCAUGCUUAAGUUCUAUGGAAAGGUUUGAUCCGUUAACAGGAAUUUGGUGUAGUUGUCCUGCCAUGAAUACAAGAAGAAGAUAUUGUAGAAUAGCUGUGGUUGAAAAUUGCAUAUACGCCCUAGGAGGUUUUGAUUCAACUAAUUAUCAGGCCUCUGUUGAAAGAUUUGAUCCACGGGAAGGUACAUGGCAAUCAGUACCAUCGAUGUCUUCAAGACGGAGCAGUUGUGGAGUUGCAGCUUUAAAUGGACAGCUGUACUGUAUAGGCGGGAAUGAUGGUACUAUGUGCAUGGCUAGCGGAGAACGAUUUAAUGUGAGAAGAAACGCUUGGGAACCAAUAACUUCCAUGAAUAGUAGAAGAUCCACUCACGAAGUAGUAGCUAUCGACGGCUUUAUAUAUGCUCUUGGAGGAAACGAUGGUUCAUCUAGUCUCAACGCUGUGGAACAAUACGAUCCAAGAUCCAACAAAUGGACCAUAGUAUCACCGAUGAGCUCUAGACGAAGUUCUGUAGGAGCUGCUGUUCUAGAAUGUAUCAAUAUAGAACACGUUUUAAGACAGACGAGAAAUAGUUGA